UUGUGCCAUUCUAUUCCUGUUAAAUCCGUAGAAAAUGAGAAAAUACUCGACAUUUUGGGGGAAACUUGUAAAUCUGAGCUCCUUAACGAAGAAACCUCCGAAGCGGAGCAGCCACAUGCACAGGAAGCAAGUAACGUGGUGCCAGGCAAGAGGCUAGCAGAGGAAGAGGACGCUCUUGCUGCCGCUCAGUCGGAGGAAGAUGCUUUAGAUUUGGACAGCAAAUCGGCACAAGCUAUGGCAAGGAAGGAGGCAAAGCGUUUAGUUGUAGCGAAAGGGGAGACAAGUGAACAGACAAUAGAGGAAGAGAAGCUGGACUCUGACUCUGUAGGAGUAGAGAGCGUAAGCGAUCAGAGUAGCAAGCGCUGCCAAGGCCUGGAAGCCUCUAGUGGGGAAACAGCGGAGAGAGGCGCAGGUGCGGAAGGCAAAGAUAGCAAAGAAGAUGCCAAGAAAACAGAAGACAAAGCUAAUUCAGAGGAAUCCCCCGCUACUAAAGAGUCCUCAGCCAGUGAGGGCGGUGAUCAGAAAAAGAGCUCUGCUGAGGAGGACAAAGAUACAAAGCAAGCCUCCAAAGAUGAGAAAGGCCGUGCUGGCAGUGGUUCUGGCAGGAAUCUGUGGGUCAGUGGCCUCUCAUCCUCUACAAGAGCAACAGACUUGAAGAAUCUCUUCAGCAAGUAUGGGAAGGUGGUUGGUGCAAAAGUGGUGACAAACGCUCGCAGUCCCGGCGCGCGCUGCUACGGCUUCGUGACAAUGUCCACAUCUGAGGAAGCCACCAAGUGCAUCAAUCACCUGCACAGGACAGAGCUGCACGGGAAGAUGAUUUCUGUGGAAAAGGCCAAAAAUGAACCAGCUGGGAAAAAGCCUUCAGACAGAAAGGAAGGCGAAGCACGGAAGGAAAAAGACAGGCACCAUUCUGCAGAUUCCAAAUCUGAGAAGUCUGUUGGUGUUAAAAAGGAGGAGAAGGCUGACAAAAAAGACGAUGCAAAGAAACCUGAGAAAGAUUCAAAGGAUGAGAAGGAAGGGAAAGAGAAAGAGGAGCAGAAGGCUGGAGCCUCCGAUCGAUCCAGGGCGAGCAAAUCAGCAAGUCGAGGAGCUGAGAGGACAGUAGUGAUGGAUAAAUCUAAAGGAGAACCCGUUAUUAGUGUGAAAACAUCUGCUUCCAAAGAGAGGAGCACAAAGAGCCAGGACCGCAAAUCUGAAAGCAAAGAGAAGCAGGACAUUUUAUCAUUCGAUAAAAUCAAAGAGCAGCGCGAGCGCGAGCGGCAGCGGCAGAGGGAGCGUGAGAUCAGGGAGACGGAGCGGCGCCGAGAGAGAGAAAGGCGAGAACGAGAGCAGCGCCUUCAGGCCAUGCACGAGCGGGAUGAAAGGCAGAGGCUGCAGAGGGAGAGGGAGAGACUCGAAUUUCAAAGGCAGCGUCUGGACAGAGAGCGCUUGGAGAGGGAGAGAUUGGAGAGGGAAAGGAUGCACAUCGAGCAGGAGAGGAGGAGAGAGCAGGAACGCAUCCAGAGGGAGAGGGAGGAGCUGCGGCGUCAGCAGGAACAGCUGCGCUACGAGCAGGAGCGGCGGUCAGCAAUGAGGAGGCCUUAUGAUGAUGGCAGGCGGGAUGAUCCAUACUGGCCAGAGGCGAAGCGGAUGGCGCUGGAUGACAGAUACCACUCUGAGUUUGUGCGCCAGGACCGCUUCCAUGACUUCGACCACAGGGAUCGUGGCCGGUACCAGGAUCAUUCCCUGGACAGAAGAGAAGGUUCAAGAGGAAUGCCAGACAGAGAUGGGCAGCAUUACCCCGAUGAGCGGCACGGCCCCGAGCGGCACGCGCGGGAAUCCCGCGACGGUUGGGGCGGUUAUGGGUCCGAGCGGAGGAUGAACGAAGGGAGAGGGAUUCCCCCACCAACCCGAGAUGGACGUGACUGGGGAGAUCAUGGUCGAAAGUUAGAGGGGCAUCAAGAUCGUUCAUGGCAGGGCAGUGUGGCUGGAGGAAUGAUGGGACGGGAUCAUGAGAGAUGGCAAGGUGGUGAUCGAGGCACGCCUGGUCAGCAGGGACCAGGCCAUGCGAUGCACCGCGGUGGGAUGGCAGGGCGUGGAGGAUUCACACAGGGCCCAAACCACAGCCAGGUGGCACCGAGUGCUGCAGUGCAGGGGGGGUUUGCAGGCCAGGAGCGGGGACACAGAGCGACCGAGCCGCGCUUCGCCCGCCGCUACUGAGAGCGCUUUAAUACACAGAUCUAUAGACAUAAAUAUAUAUUUUUUAAUACAAAAUGACAAUGGUGGUGAGUUUUAUUAAGCAACUUGAAUUUGUGAUGACAAAAAAGCAAGACUGCUGCCACAUCGUAGCCAAAUGCUCUAUCAGUUCAGCUGAUUGGUUUCCUUUCUUUGUUAUGAACGUGUUCUUGGUCGGCAUUGAAGUUUCUGUUAGUGAAACAUUCCAUUUUUCCAGAACAAUAAAAGCAGUUGAUGGUGAACAAA